AUAUGCAAUACCUGGAAAUCUGUAACACCCACAUGUCUCAGUGAGAAUAAAUAGUCCUAGAGACACAGCAACUGAGGAAUCCAGGGUGCGAGGACUGAGGAGGAACAGACCAGAGAGAAUCCAGACAUGACACCAAUGAUGAAUAAUUACUAUUUUCAAUAUCAGUUUCCUGUAAAGCCAAUCAUUUACCCAACCCCUCCAUACAUGAGCAUUGAGAGGGAUGGGAUUGAAGUGGUCCGGUUUCCUGUGAGGAGCCGCAAAUUGAUGGAUAUGAUCAAAAAAUUUGAUCCAAAUGAUAUCACUUACAUUGUAGAUGGCAGUUUCUUUGAAAGUUUACCAAAUGAUGCCACCUUCAUUCAAGAUACUUCACGUAAAUAUUUUGUCAUAAAUGGUGAAAGUGUGCGGGCAAAGUGGAUGCAGCAACCUAACAAAGCACCAAAAUUCAAGAUCACUUUCCACGAAACAAGAGAAAAGGGUGUUAUCACCAUACAAGUCAAAGACCAGGACCUGUAUCUAUCAUAUAAACCUAACCCAGACAAGCAGCUCAAAGUGUUGCCAUUAGGACAGAAGAGUCUUGAUUUCGAUAAGCCUGAGACCAAAGAGUUUUUCUUCUACCUCAGUAAUGUCAACAAAAUAGAGUAUUCAAUCGAGUCAGCGAAGCAACCGGGCUGUUUCAUUAGCACCUCUACUGAUGAGAACGUCCAUGUCACGGUGGAGCCUGCCUCCAACACUCUCCGCAAAGAGUUAAAAUUUGAUGCAAAUAAGGAACGUAGUAACAUUAAGUGCAGACCGAACAGAGUGAGAAAAUACAGAGAUGAUACCUUUUACUGGUACAAUGACAGGCCCUUCCAGGACAAAUUCCAGUCCAUUCUAGCCCGAGACAACUAUAUCAUGGACGCAACUUCCCUGGCGCUGGACAGAUCAUACAGAUGGCCCAGACAGGACAAUCUCUACCAGAGCUACCAACUGGGCUGGAGAUGCAUGUAAAAGCAGUAAAGUCUGAAUCCACAUAAUCCCAUGAGUGGAAUCCAGUCUUCAGCCGGCAGAGCCACAGGAAUGAUUCAUUUUUCUUGACGCCAUGUGGAUAAAUUUUCUUCUUUCUUGCUCAGGCAACCAACCAACCUCAGGGUUGGCAGUACAACAGGCAACUGAAUACCGCACAGCUGCUGCCCAUCACCCUAAAGGUCCCUUUACAUAUAUGACAGAGAAGCGUUCCUUCCUGACAAUCUGCUGCUCCCUGGUGGAAGAGCGAGCUGCAAUUAUAUGCACAGAUCUCCUCCAGAGUAUAGCAUAUAUUACGCUACUUUCACACUAGCGUUAAUAUUUUCUGGUAUUGAGAUCCGUCAUAGGGUCUCAAUACUGGAAAAAAUGCUUCCGUUUUGUCCCCAUUCAUUGUCAACGGGGACAAAACGUAACUGAACAGAACGGAGUGCUCCAAAAUGCAUUCCGUUCCGUUCUCAUACCGGAGAGCAAACCACAGCAUUUCUGACACAAUCCGAUACAAUAGAAAACGAGUCUGUCCCCAUUGACUUUCAACGGAGUUCAUGACGGAUCUGUCUUGGGUAUGUUAAAGAUAAUACAACCGGAUCCGUUCAUAACGGAUGCAGAUGGUUGUAUUAUCAGUAACAAAAGCGUUUUUGCAGCAAAAAUACUAGUGUGAAAGUAGCCUUAGAGGCGUAGGUAAUUGUGCAGAUCAUCGCUAACAAGCGUUUGAAUGAACUCUCGUUACCGAUGAUCUGGCAGUGUAAUACUUCUGCCGAUUACCCCAAACGCUCAUUCAUCGGGCAAAUGGAAUCCAUCAGCACGUUUAAAAAUCAUCGUUUGCCGGCGGCAGAUCGUGCUGUGUCAUCACAUUCUGCUGCUGGCAAACAAUAAUUCACUUGUUAGUGAUUAUCUUUUGGAUUCUCGGCCAGUGUAGAGGGACCUUUACUCUUUUCUCAUUUAUAUUUCCAGAAAUUUGGCCAAGUCUCGUAUGACUCAAGGUGUACAAUAAAACUGAUGCCACCGCUGCACUACAUCUCCCAACAUUUAACUUGCCAAACAGUAUACAUUUUGCAAUAUCUAGUUAUGGAUUUUCAUAUUUCUGAUUGUCACCACCACCAUGAAGGUGGUCAGAGGACUGACAGGAGAAGAUGCUGGUAUCUGGUAUAGCUUUUAUGUAAAGCCAUUAGUAGUCACUUACAUGCUGUGUAUCAGGUGCCAUGACUGUUAUGUAGAUAUAAUUAUAUUUAAUAAACUGCUGUUUUUUUUUUUUUAUCAUACUUUGUUUUAUUGACAUUAAACCUGUUGUCUUCUGUUACACUGUUAUGUGAUGAUGAUGAUUAUAUCAGCAAGGGUAAAUUCAGAUGUCACCUUGUCACAGAUUUCUUGUGGAUUUGCUAAACAUUUGGGGGUUCAUUUAUUAUCCAGAAAUAUGCCUAUAUUAGGUGUAGCUCUGGCACAGACUGCAGUGCAAGAGGAGGGAAACUUACAAUUGACCCCCUUAAAUACUCUUUCUCAUAAUUGGUUUCACCUGUGUAUGUAGGUCAGGGGUCACUGAGCUUACCAAGCCAAUUUGAGUUCCAA